AUGGAGCCUGUGCCCGAGACUGAACGGAUGGAGGCGUUUCGCUCCUCGCCGCUGCCCACGCAGCGCCUCCAGAGCUCGUCAUCCUUCAUAUUUGCCUCGCCGACACCGUUAACACCGCGGAUGGCGACCGAUCCCGAGAACAACCCACGAAAUUCUCACAACCAGCGCCGCUCUACUGAGUCGCCUUCUCCCAGCUCGCCCCCAUGGGUGCCAGCACCGAAUACCCUUCCUUACCGGCCUCGUACCGCCUCACCCCUCUCCGGCUCGCACGUGCGGUCGCGAUCGACCGCGAGCGUGGGCAGCCUCUAUCCACCUGCCAUGGGGCGGACACGAUCUAUGCCCGGCGUGAACGGCGCUGGCCACCUGCAGCUGAUUACCGUUCCGCGGACAUCCAGCCCAACACUCGGGCAUCGGCCACCCACCUUAACCACGAGAACGCCAAAGAAGAGCCUUAUCGAAGACGUCUUCCCGUCAUCACCAACACGCGUCUCGGUCAUACACGAUGCAGACCAGCCAAAUCUGCACGAGCGUAAUAGCUCUCCCAACCUCGGCAUCCAUACCUUACCGACCAUCCCCUCCGACGGCACACUCAACACGAGCAUCACGAGCCAGCCACUCGCCCGCACCCGCCGGCCAUCCUCGCCGUAUCGGCGGCUUUCAUCGUCAAGUGGCGGCUCACCCUCUUCCCUGGCACCGGCACCGCAAACCGUGUCGGCGCCCUCUCUUUCUACCACCACGUCAUCUUCGUCAAUCACAUCGACUACCUCAACAACCUCAACCGCCUCGACCACCUCAUCUGCUUCCACGACGAGUACCAGCUCAUUAACACCUACCGCAACAUCCGACGCACCCGUUCCUGUAGCCUAUGUGGCCUGGACACCCUCAUCGCCUGCAGCGUCCUCCCCUCUCUAUCGGCCGUCCGACACGCUGCUGUCAGCUCCGUCCUACGGCAGCCUCGGCGGUCUCUCUUCGUCUUCCGUGCCCUCCACGCCGACGUCCACGCGAUCACGCAGUCCGAGCAUUUCCAGCUUGGAGACGAUCCCCGACUCGCCCGACGCCGAAGAGGCUGCUCUCGAAGCCGAGCGCAUGGCCCAGCUAAAAGCGGCAGCCGACGCCGUUGACGGAGACAGCAAGGGCGGUCGUGGCAGCCUUGACGUCCCGACGCGUGGUCGGACUCUGGCUUUUGGCUCACGGGACAAGCGGAAGCGCUGGAGUGUGUGCGGUGCCGAACGGCGAGGCGACCUCGAUUUGGAGACGAUCUGGGAAGACUGA